AUGAUAAUUUUGAAACCUCCAAGGAGUCCUCUUCAGGUCCUCAGAAGUGGGAAUGAAACACUUCAGGAAUCGAAUGCUUUGAAGAAUAAGAAAAACUCUCGACGAGUCAGCUUUGCAGAUACUAUAAAGGUAUUCCAGACAGAGUCUCAUAUGAAAACAGUGAAAAAGUCAGAAACGACAGAAACAGAAGCAAGAGAAAAUGUUCUGUUUAUACAGGAUAAGAAUUUAGAAGAUAAUUUCUGUGAGAUUACAGGGAUGAACACAUUGCUUUGUGCUCCCAUUCAGACUCAGAUGCAACAGAAAGAGUUUUCAGUUAUAGAACAUGACCAUGAAAGGAAGCAUGGAAAUGACCAGACAGUCAUCUUUUCAGAUGAAAACCAGAUGGACCUGACAGCAUGUCAUACUGUGAUGAUUACUAAAGGCCUUUUAGACAGUACCAAAAGUGAAAAGUCCACCAAGAUAGAUACUGCAUCAUUUCUGGCUAAUUUAAAGCUCCAUACCGAGGAUUCAAGAAUGAAAAAAGAAUCUGUGGAUCAAAACACUUCUUCAGAAAAGAAAAUAAAUUUCAAUGACUUAAUAAAGAGAUUGAAUACAAGAAAAUAUGCUUUUCCUUCUACAGGACCUGAUAAAGAAAAUUCCAAGAUACCUGUUUAUUCUGAAGAAUCUAAUAGUGCCUCUUCUACACAUCAAGUUCAUGUAUCUCUUAAUAUGGAUGAGAAUAGCAGUAACAUGACUAAAAUCUUUAGAGAACAAGAUGAUGGAAUGAAUUUUACCCAGUGUCAUACAACCAAUGUUCAGACAUUGGUUCCCACAUCCAAUGAGGCCAACUUACAGGAAUUUAAAGGUAAUGAUACUACAAUUUAUGGUAAUGAUGUAAUGGACUUGACAGCUAACCACACCAUACAGAUUUUACCCUCAGCGGAUAAUUUAUCUGAAAUAGAAAAUCAAACCCAGCCUGUCACUGUGGACGUCACAACAGAUUACAGAACUAAAGCUUCAGGAAAGAAAACAGUCUUUAAGAAUGAAACAAAUACUGCUUUUCAAGACCAUUCCUUAAACUCUGAAGACAAUAUACUUAGUACCAGAAAUCAUAUUAUGGAGGCAGAAACUCACAAGGUCACACAGACUUCUAAUAAAGAUGCUAGAACAUUGGCCAUGACUGCAGAAUCUAUAUGUUCUACCUCAGCUACUCAGGAUUACAAGACAGUUUUUUAUUCUAGUUGUAAUGAUGCCAUGGAACUGACCAAGUGUCUUUCAAGUAUGAGAGAAGAGAAAAAUUUGCUAAAGCAUGACAGUAAUUCUAAAAUGUCUUUUAAUCCUGAUGCCACCUCUCUUCUUAUAGAGAAAACUAUUUAUCCAGGAGAGGAUAACAUGGAUAUUACUAAGAGUCACACAGUUGCAAUAGAUAAUCAUGUUUUUAAACAAGAUCAGACAAAUGUACAAAUGGCAGCUGCACCAAUAUCUGAAAAAGAAAUGACACUCCAAAAUCACAAAAUCAUGUCAGAAAGUGGGAAAAUGAGUGUAAAUUUUAAUGAGUGUAAAUUACAACAGAGGCUGGAAAAUCCUUUAUCUAUUUCAUUACCUGACAAAAAGACUAAACUCUUAGCAGGUGAAGAUAUGGAUUUGACUAAAAGUCACACAAGUAACUUAGGAAGUCAGGUUGCUCUUGAAUCUUAUAAUUUAGCACCCAAGAAUACCAAUAAAUCUUACUGUCUUAGCAAAAGUUCUUCAGAUGUAGGGGGAAAGAUGACCAAAGGUCAUACUGAAGCAUCCCAACAACCAGACAUGAUAUCUGAAAACAUCCUAACUGAUACCUGGAGCAAAGAAAAAGACCAAGUUUCAAAAAUUUCACCCUAUCAUGAUAAAGAUUCUUCUCAGUCAGCUAACUGUGAUCAGGACAUAGCAGCAAGCCAUAACAUAGUCUACUGUGGUGGUGUUCUUGAUAAACAAGUAGCAUUGGGAAAUAACAGAAAUACAGCUUCAUGUGAGCAGUCUUUGUUUUCUACCACAAAACUAUUAGUUUUAUCAGAAGGACAGUCUGCCAUGAAAAAUAAUACUGCUGUUAACAGUCAUACUGUGAAAUCUGUACUAGGUCAGAAUUCUAAACUGCCUGAGCCACUAGAGAAAAGCUUACUUGGUCCCACAUCUGACUGUUUUCAUGAACAGAUGAUUGAUUGUUCAGAGGAGGAGCAAAAUAUGGAUCUAACUAAGAGCCACACAGUUGUCAUUGGAUUUGGUUCUUCUAAAGAACAAGAACUUGGUAAAACUAGUUUAGAACACACUACCAGCCAGCUAACAGCAGUCAGCAGACAGGUAGCUGUAAAUGUUGAAAAAUGUGAUGAAAGUCCUAAUUAUAAUUAUAUCUUGGAUGUGUCAAAAGGUGAAAGUAUACAGAAACCUGAAUUUCUGAAGAAAAAGCAAAAUGUCAAAAUUUGUGGAAGGAAAAGUGUUGGUGGACUAAAAAUUGAUAAGACUAUUAUAUUUUCAGAGGGUGAUAAGAAUGAUAUGGAUAUUACCAAGAGUUAUACAGUAGGAAUAGACCAUAGACCUUUAUUAGGUGAAUAUGAUUUCCAUCUAGUGCCUUUGGCAGAAACUUCUAAAACUGUUUUGUAUACAUGUGGGCAGGAUGACAUGGAGAUCACCCGAAGUCACACAACUGCCUUAGAAUGUAAAACUACCUCACCAGAUGAAAUAAUUACUAAGCCUGCCAACAAAACUGUACUGUUUGUAGAUAAUCAUGAUGAACUGGAAAUGACAAAAUCUCACACUGUUUUCAUUGACUACCAAGCAAAAGAGAAUAAUGUGCUUCCAGCCAGACCUAACUUUGAACUAUCCCAAAGGAAAAGCCUAGGAAAACCAAAAGUGAUACAUACUCUUACUAAGGAGAAUGUUUUUUCCCCAGAAAAUGGCAAAAGUGACCAUCCAUUGUCAAAAGACAUCCAUUUGGCAUGUGUAGAAGAAUGGUCUAAUAGUGCUCCUAUAGAGAAAGCUGUAUCAUUUAUAGCUGAUAAUAAGAUGGACGUGUCUAAAUCAACCACUUGGAAAAAUGUCAAAGAUGUACAGAAACCUAAAUUUCUGGAUGAAUCUCUGUCAGGCAAAAGUCAGAGAAGAAAGAGCCUCAGGCUCAAAAAUGACAAGACCAUUGCAUUUUCAAAGAAUGAUAAAAAUAAUAUAGAUAUUACCCAGAGUUGUAAGGUAGAAAUAAAUAACAAAACUAUGCUGGAAGAUAGAGAGGACUUCCAUUUGGUUCCUUUGGCAAGAACUUGUAAAACUAUUUUGUCUUCAUGUGGACAUGAUGACAUGGAGAUCACUACAAGUCAUACAACUCCCUUAGGAUGUAAAACCAUCUCAGAUGAAAUUACUAGGCCUAUGGACAAAACUGUAGUGUUCGUAGAUAAUCACAAUGAUUUGGAAGUCACCAAGUCCCAUACUGUGUUCAUUGAUUGUCAAGCCACAGAAAAAAUACUUCAAGGGCACCCUAAAUUUGGAACAGCAAAAGAAAAAAUCUUGGGUGUUUCUUUUCCUGAGGAUGCUAGCUUUGUUCAAGAAAUCACUAAAAAACAAGCACUGGCUGUAGAAAACAAAAUUGUGCUUCACACUGACCAAAAGCAUCACAUGAUGCCUACUAAUACAUUGUCUGGGGAUCAAGGUGAAAUAGGAACCAUCAAAUCCCAUGACACUGCUGUGAAUGAAGAGGUCACAGGGAAAGAUGUAGAUCUGGCUCAAACAUUGAAAAAAGCCAACAUUAAAAGUUGUCACUUAAAUAGUACGGAUAGAAGGAAUGUGGAAUUUACAAGUAGUCAUACAACUGCUCUUUGUGGAUCCUGUGAUAAUUAUUCCUGCUUACCAAAUGUUAUUUCCUGUACUGAUAAUUUAGAGACUAGUGCCAUGUUCUUAUGUGAUAAAAAUGAAGAGAAAACCAAUAAUUACUCAGUACAAAAUGAUCUUGAUUAUGCAGACAAUUUAGCCAAAGAAUAUCGUUUGGAAUCUAAGGGACUGUCUCUCUCUGUUCCCUGUCCUUUGUUAGAAAAGGAAGAAGUUAUUCAGACCAAUACCAAAGGACAUUUAGAUGGUGUCUUAACACUACUCAAAGAUCAAGAUCUGAUUAAGGAACCUCCAAAUCUGUCAGCUAAUCAGACAUUAAUGUAUAGUCAAGAUUUGGAGGAGAUGACUAAACUUGAUUCAAGGCAAGUAUCUUUUAAGCUCUCAAAAGAUCAAAUGGAAACUUUUGUUGAUGAUACUUGUGUUAUUUCUCAGACCCCUCCCCCAACUCAGCAACCUCCACUAUCUCAAAAAGAACAAAGUAGUGUCAAUAAGGAUGAAGUAGUACUGUCUAAACCUGGAAAUAAGAGUUUAAAUAUAGGAAAUUCCUCUACAACCACAGGAGAAAACAAGUACAAAAUGCGCAAUAAUGAGAAGGAGUUUGCUACAACCUGUAAUAAGGAACUGAAGGAAACUAUUCAUAUAGCUAAAUGUAACACAGCUAUAGAUUUCCACAAUAACUCAGACUUGACUAAGCAAGCCAUUCAAACCCAUGUCAAUGCUAGAAAAGCAUCAGAUCCUGUGAUUGCAUCUAAUGUUCCAUGUUUUAGUAGUUUCAGGCCAAAUUUUAGUAACUUGAAUGGAAAGACUGAAGAGUAUUUAGAUUUUCAAACUGUUCACAUAGCGCCUCCUCCAGAGCAAAUACUUGAAUUAGGAAAUAAGGCACAUAAUGAUAUGAGUAUAGUGCAAGCUACUGAAGUACAUAAUGUUAACAUAAUCUCCGGCAAUGCUAAAGAUAAUAGAGACAACGAAAAUAAAUCUUAUAAUGGAACUGAAAUUACCUCUGUACCAUUAAAGACAGCUAUUAAAGAUAAAAUGAGGAGAUGUUCUUUGGGAAUCUUUUUGCCCAGAUUGCCAAAUAAGAGAAAUUGUAGUGUGUCUGGUGUUGAUGACCUGAAGCAGAUUUCAGCAGACACAACUGACUUAAAUCACUUAGGAACUCAGCCAGUCUCCAGCAAGGAUUCCGGCAUUGAAUGUGUUGCAGCCAAACUGAACUUAAGUCCAUCUCAAUAUAUAAAUGAGGAAAAUCUUCCUAUAUUUCCUGAUGAGAUUAAUUCCACAGACUCAGUUAGCAUAGAAACUGAGGAAAAAGUUUUGAUUAAGACAUACCAAAAAGAGAUUUCACCAUCUGCAAAUACAAUGGAAGAAACUUCUAAUAGCCAAAAAAGAACCUGGGUACAAGAAGAAGACGAUGAUACUCAAAAUGAGAAAAAAAUCAGAAAAAAUGAGAUUAGAGAUACUGCACAAGAUCAGGAGAUUUUUGAUCACCAUACUGAAGGGGAUAUAGAUAAAAAUGCUAACAGUAUAUUGAUAAAAAGCCUGAGCAGGACUCCAUCUAGUUGCAGCAGCUCUUUGGAUUCAAUCAAGGCUGAUGGGACUUCUCUGGACUUCAGCACAUACCGAAAUAGUCAAAUGGAAUCACAGUUUCUUGGAGACACUAUUUGUGAAGAGAGCUUGAGGGAGAAACUCAAAGAUGGGAGAAUAACAAUAAGGGAGUUCUUUAUACUUCUUCAAGUCCAUAUCUUGAUACAGAAACCCCGAAAGAGCAAUCUCCCAGCCAAUUUUGCUAUAAACACACCACCUACUCCAGAAGACCUGAUGUUAAGUCAAUAUAUUUAUCGGCCCAAGAUACAGAUUUAUAGAGAAGAUUGUGAAGCUCGUCACCAAAAGAUUGAAGAAUUAAAGCUUUCUGCACUGAACCAAGAUAAACUAUUGGUGGAUAUAAAUAGAAACCUGUGGGAAAAAAUGAGACACUGCUGUGAUGAAGAGCUGAAGGCCUUUGGAAUUUACCUUAAUAAAAUAAAGUCACGUUUUACCAAGAUGACUAAAGUCUUCACUCACCAAGGAAAAGUAUCUCUGUAUGGCAAGCUGGUGCAGUCAGCUCAGAAUGAAAGGGAGAAUCUUCAAAUAAGGAUAGAUGAGAUGGACAGCAUACUUAAGAAGAUCAAUAACUGUCUCACUGAGGUGGAAAAAGAAACUAAGAAUGUGGAGGAUAAAGAGAAAGAUAAUCCCGUGGAAGGAUGGGAUUCUGCAAUAAGAGCUGCAGAGAAAGAAUUAGAACAGCUGAAAACUGAAGAAGAAGAACUUCAAAGAACACUCUUAGAACUAGAGGUACAGAAAGAGCAGACCCUUACUCAAAUAGACUUUAUGCAAAAACAAACAAAUAGAACUGAAGAGCUACUGGAUCAGUUGAGCUUGUCUGAAUGGGAUGUCAUUGAGUGGAGUGAUGACCAAGCUGUAUUCACCUUUGUUUAUGACACAAUAGAACUCACCAUCACCUUUGGAGAGUCAAUAGUUGGUUUCUGUUUUCUGGAGAAGCCUGAUAAGAAGAUUGUUGGCAUGAAUUUUCAAUCUCUGUUAGAUGAGGAUAAAGCUCCUCCUUCCUCCCUUUUAGUCCAUAAGCUUAUUUUCCAAUACAUUGAGGAACAGGAAUCCUGGAAGAAGAAAUGUACAACACAACAUCAGGUACCCAAGAUGCUUCAAGAACUCUCAUGGGCAGUGAAUCAUUGCAGACUCCUUGGGGAGGAGAUUGAGUUUUUAAAAAGAUGGGGACCAAAUUAUAAUCUGAUGAACAUAGAUGUGCAUAAUACUGAAUUGAGGCUUUUAUUCUCUAGCUCUGCAGCAUUUGCAAAGUUUGAAAUAACUUUGUCUCUCACAGCCCAUUAUCCAUCUGUACCAUUACCUUUCACCAUUCAAAAUCACAUUGGGAACACUGGCCAAGAUGAAAUUGCUACCAUUCUAUCUAAAGUGCCACUGGAGGACAACUACCUGAAAAAUGUAGUCAAGCAAAUUUACCAAGAUCUGCUUCAGGACUGCCAUUUCUUCCACUAGACCCAUGGACCACAGCUGUAACAACCAAGCAGAAUAUGCUUAAUCAUGUUAUGUCAGGGUCUCCAUUGCUCUGUAACCAUUUUUUAGGACAUAGAAGCCCUAGUAAAAUUCCUUCUGAUGAUGUUAAUAGUUAUUUUUUAUGGUUAUUUUUUAAAUCUCUACAGUCAGGAAUGAGAAAAGGCCUCAA